AUGGGCUUGAGCUUCCUCGAUCUGGAAGUCCCAAUUGACGACAACGACUCACGAAGCCCAUCCCGAGUGGUCCAGUCUCACCAAGCAGCCCGUCACAUCGCAGUCAACCCUUCACGACCGCCCAAGAUGCGAGGGACCCUCCGACUGUUCGCGAGCGUCAAGCCCGUGCGGUUCCUCGAGCCCGGUGCGCCCACAGGCCUGACAGGUCUUCACGCGAACCCAUCUCCCCGAUCGACCCUCCUAUACCUGUACUCAAGCACCCUCGACAAGCUCAAGGUCAUUCCCGAGACGUCAGUGUACCGACAAUCCGUCGAGGCCGUCACGAAACACCGGAUGUCCCUCGUCCAGUCCGUGAAACCCGCAGGCUACGACGAGUGGCUGGCCAAGGCUCGACAGAUCUUGGAGAAGCACCCCGAGCACUUCAAGGAGACCGCGCACAAGACGGCCGACGGAUCCCUGGCUGCGGGUCUGGAGCGAAAUGGAAAGUUCUUUGUGCUGCGGAGAACGAACCCAGACAUAGACAGCCGAUACAAGGAGUGGGACGGCGAAGCUGAUGAGGGCCCUGAGAAAGAAGGAAGCAGGACUGAAGCGGAGAGAAAGGACCAGGCACUGCUGUCCCGGGAUCCCUUCGAGGGCGAUGGGAUCGAGUGGGUGGAUGAGCCCAAGCUGACAAUAAAUCAGAUUGAGGAGCUCGAGAACAAGAUCGGGGCUGGGCUCAUCGAAGAGGUCAUCCAGGUUGCCGAGGGAGAGCAUCAACUUGUUGAUACCAUGGUGGAGUCCAAGCCAUGGGAGAGCCUCGAGGAGAAGCCCAAGGAGGGCCAAUGGGUGUACUUCGAGCGAAAGGAGUGA